AUGAAUUUCGGAGAUCAUGAUACUUCGCCGCAAAGUCGGCAAGUGAGCAGCACGCGGCGCGUGGCGGGCGGCCGCACCGCCACCGCCGCGCCGCAGCCACACGCGCGGUACAGGGAGAGCAACGCCUCACGGCUUCGUCAAGAGAUCAAGGGCAUGACGGUGACAGGCACGGUGCGGCGGCCGCGGAGUCGAAGCAACUCGGCCUCCACGUCCGGCUCGCCUGCUUCACGGAAGAGUGCCCCACAAAGUGCUUCGCGCCAACAAAGCAAGGAGCGGCCGACUUCAAAAGGCCGGCAAGAAGCAACAGCCGAUAAGGAUAAUAAACCUGCGGAUUUAUCUUCAACACCCCGCUCAGUGAGCGAAAACUUCAGUAGAGACACGAUACCUUCUGUGAAAGCAUCAAGCAUUUCCUCUGGUCCUAUAAUAGAUUUGAUAGCGGCUAAAUCGAAAACCUUGAGUACAGUGGGUCCCGGGUAUUCGUCGACACCUGAAGAGCUUCUCGAUGUCAUGAGCAUCGGUAGUAAGAAGAAUAUUCGUGCUAAUGGUUACUCUAGAUGCGAUGGCAAUUCGGGUUAUGGCAAGCCAUUAGUCACGCCAGUCAACAAAAGAUUAACCCUCAGAAGAGAUCUGCCUUGGCCGCAGCUCAGUGCUGUUACAGAAAGUAGUUUCCACGAAACGCUAAUUAAACUACAGGAACCAGCUGGCGUUUAA